CGGAAGCGGCGGGCGGUCUGCGCCCGGCGAGCUCGGACCUCUUUCGGCUGGGCUCAUCUAAGGCCCAGCAUCCUCUCCGGUUGGAAAGCCAAGCAAGGUUCAGGGCCAGGGUGGGGGGCCGGGAUGGGCACGGGGUCCGGUCCAUGGCGAGGCCAUAAGAGGCGAGCUCCCGAGUAAUCUCGAACUGGAACUCAACUUGAAGAAGAGAGACGCCCUAGCAAGGCUCUUUGGGGAGUCCUUCAGCUCCUCAUCUCCAUGGGCCAGACGGCCCUGGCAGGGGGCAGCAGCAGCACCCCCACCACACAGACCCUGUACCCUGACCUCUCUUGCCCUGAGGGCUUAGAGGAGCUGCUGUCUGCUCCCCCUCCUGACCUGGGGGCUCAGCGUCGCCACGGCUGGAACCCCAAGGACUGCUCUGAAAACAUCGAGGUCAAGGAAGGGGGGUUGUGCUUUGAGCGGCGGCCCGUGGCCCAGAGCACUGAUGGGGCCCGGGGUAAGAGAGGCUACUCGAGGGGCCUGCACGCCUGGGAGAUCAGCUGGCCCCCGGAGCAGAGGGGUACACACGCCGUGGUGGGCGUGGCCACGGCCCUCGCCCCGCUGCAGGCGGACCACUACGCGGCACUGCUGGGCAGCAACAGCGAGUCUUGGGGCUGGGACAUCGGGCGGGGGAAGCUUUACCAUCAGAGCAAGGGGCCCGGGGCCCCCCAGUAUCCAGCGGGACCUCGGGGCAAGCAACUGGAGGUGCCGGAGAGGCUGCUGGUGGUUCUGGACAUGGAGGAGGGUACUCUGGGCUACGCUAUCGGGGGCACCUACCUGGGGCCUGCCUUCCGCGGACUAAAGGGCAGGACCCUCUACCCGGCAGUAAGCGCUGUGUGGGGCCAGUGCCAGGUCCGCAUCCGCUACCUGGGCGAAAGGAGAGGGGAACCGCACUCCCUUAUGCACCUGAGCCGCCUGUGUGUGCGCCACACCCUGGGGGAUACCCGGCUGGGCCAGGUGUCUGCUCUGCCCUUGCCCCCUGCCAUGAAGCGCUACCUGCUCUACCAGUGAGCCCUGGGAUUCCAGAGACCGUGUGGGGGCCUGGCCCCCACCCUGCCUGUCAGAGGUCAGGCUGGAGGCAUGGCCAGCCUGGAGCAGCUGCUGAAUGCCUGCCCUGAGGCCGAGUGAGGCUGGGCCCACCUCAACCCAGCACAGGGAAGUCCAGCAGUCCAGAGCCACCCCGAGGGGCCGGAAGAGGCAGAGCUGACAUGGAAGGCUGCGGCAGCCUGGUACACAAGACUUUUUCAAGUAAAAGUAGCAAGAAAGUGUUCUA